AUGAGGCCUUUACUUGCCGCUUCAUUCUCCUCCUCUCACGUCCUCCUUUUCCACCCCUCCCACCCCUCCCGUCCCUCCCACCCCUCCCGUCCCUCCCACCCCUCCCGUCCCUCCCACUCCUCCCGUCCCUCCCACCCCUCCCGACCCUCCCACUCCUCCCGUCCCUCCCAGCCCCCCCGUCCCUCCCACUCUUCCCACCCUUCCCACCCCUCCCACCCCUCCCUCUCCUCCCAUUCUUCCCACCCCUCUCUCCCCUUCCACCUCUCCUGUCCCUCCCACCCCUCCCGUCCCUCCCAACCCUCGCGUCCGUCCCACCCCUCCCGUCCCUCCCAACCCUCCCGUCCCUCCCACCCCUCCCGUCCCUUCCUCCCCUCCCGUCAUUCUCGCCCCUCCCCUCCCUCCCAUUCCUCCCACCACUCCCAUUCCUCCCACCCCUCCCAUUCCUCCCACCACUCCUAUUCCUCCCACCACUCCUAUUCCUCCCACCACUCCUAUUCCUCCCACCACUCCUAUUCCUCCCACCACUCCUAUUCCUCCCACCACUCCUAUUCCUCCCACCACUCCUAUUCCUCCCACCACUCCCAUUCCUGCCACCCCUCCGCUCGAUCCCCCACUCCUCCCUGUUCCCUCCCUCUCAUUUUUGACGUUUCUUUACCUAUCCUCCUUCCUUGA